UCGGUCCUCGGGACUGAAGGGGAUUUCUGCGGGCGGAGAGACGAAGCUGCCCGCAGUAACACUCAACAAAGGCGCUUUUCUGCUCCUGUGCUUUGCGGCCGAGGGCUGACAGAGGCAGCGAGAAGGGAAACCCGAGCCGAUACCGCCUUGCUGAUAGGGCAGCAGCCCAGUGGAAUGAGCGAGAUAAAACCUGUGCAGCGGUCCAGCUGGACAGAACAUUGCGAGAGGAGUGCAUACGGAUGAAGGGCUCUGAACAAAGCUGCUCUGUGGAAUUACUGUCCGUGAAGCUGUUAUCUAAAGGAAAAAUAAAGCCUUCCAAGCUUUUUUUCCUCCCUCUUAAGAUAAUGGCUAAAGGAAGCCCUCGGGAAUAAAAAGUUCUUGAGAGCUAAUCACACCUCGUGAUCUUGGGCACAUCCACAGCAGUCAGACUGAAGCAGUAGACACACCGUGAAGGCAAGGGAUUUACAAGACCUCUUGGGCCAGUACACAUCUAACAACGCACAUCAGUUUUUCCAUGGACCACAUGCAACAUUGACCUUCUGGAGAUUUUGUUUACUUCACUAGCUAAAGGGAAGCACAAUGCCUCUCAACGAUGACCAGAACAGCGAUUCAGAUUCUUCUCGCCUCUCUGAAAGUACAGCUUCUUCUAGUGACUCUGAAUAUUCAAGACAGAGCUUUAACAGUGAUUCUUCAAGCAAACCCAGUUCCCCAGCUUCAGCAAGUCCUCCCAAGAUGGUUACAUUUGAUGAACUGAUGGCAGCUGCGAGGAAUUUAUCUAACUUGACAUUAGCUCAUGAAAUUGCUGUGAAUGCAAAUUUCUGUAUAAAACAUGAAGACCACCCACAGAACAGCUUUGCAGGCACAGUGAAACAAAUAGUACACAAGGCAUUUUGGGAUCACCUGGAAUCAGAACUGAAUGAAGACCCUCCAGAAUAUGAACAUGCUAUCAAGCUCUUUGAGGAAAUUAAGGAGAUUCUUCUUUCCUUCCUGACUCCAGGAGCAAACAGGAUUCAAAAUCAAAUUUGUGAAGUUCUGGACACAGAUCUUAUAAGGCAGCAGGCAGAACACAAUGCUGUUGAUAUUCAUGGGCUAGCUAACUAUAUCAUCAACACUAUGGGAAAAUUAUGUGCUCCAAUAAGAGACAAUGAUAUAAAACAGUUAAAAGCAACUGAAAAUAUUGUAGAAUUACUGAGGCAAAUAUUCCAUGUCCUGGACCUGAUGAAAAUGGAUGUAGCAAAUUACACAAUUCAAAGCCUUAGACCAUACCUUCGGCGUAAUUUGGUAGACUAUGAAAGAACAAAAUUCCAGGAAAUUCUUGAAGAAACACCAAGUGCUCUGGAUCUCACAACAGAAUGGAUAAAGGAAUCAAUAGAAGAUGAAUUGUCAUCCAUUUCCAAUGAUUCAUCCUCAUCCUCUGGUGCUGAUCAUAGUUCUAAAUCAAGUAUUAGUCCUACACUGGUGCUAAACAAUGGCUACUUGAAACUAUUACAGUGGGACUACCACAAAACAAUUCCAGAGACUCUAAUAACAGAUGAAGUUCGUCUUCAGGAGUUGAGAGAAAAGCUGAAUCAAUUAAAAAUCAUAGCUUGUGUUUGUCUCAUAACAAACAAUAUGGUGGGUGCUGCAAUUGUAAACGUGCCUGAUUUUGCCAACCAACUGAAAAGAAUCUCUCUUCCUCUUCUUGAAGGCAUGAGCAAGAAAACUUUUGAUUUGAAAGAAGCUCUAAAUGCUAUUGGGGUUCAGAUUUGCAUCAAAGUGAAUGAGUCUCUUACUGAAAGAGAUCUUCCCACUCUUAAUACAGAAAUGCAGAAUAAUUUAAUGGGUCAAAUCACAAGUAUUGUUGAGGAGAAUAACCCCGUCAGUUCCUUGAUUGAUAAACGGAUCCAGUUGUUCAUGAAAAGCUUGCUUGCUCUUCCAAGUUUUCGGAAAUGUAUGCCUACGCUGCCAGGAGGCAUUUCUGUGAUUCAACCAGAGAUGGAACUUGUUGGAUCUCAAUUUGCAAGCAUUGUAGAAUUUAAUAAACAAGUGUAUGGACCAUUCUAUGCAAACAUACUUAAAAAACUACUUUUUCCUGAGGCAGCAAUAGGGAAAGCAGAAAUAGAAGCACCCAGCAACUGAAAAAAAAAAGCCCAACUAUUUCUGUGCCCCUUUAUUUUACCUUUGGUCUUUAUUAAUAGAUUGUGAUCUGGCUCCCCCACUAAGACCUCCAGUGACUAUUAAUGAGAGCAGUCUUGUAAAUUGUGUUUGGAUAGUUUCUGAAAUCCACUGGGAGGAAAUUUAAUUUCAAUUACAUAUAUAUUUUAAUGAACUAAGUCUGCUUAAUGGAUUGUGGCACUUGUAUUUCACCUUUUGAGACAAACAGUUGUUAGUAUUUGUGGUGGGUAAGAGAUGGUGAAGUACUUACCAUUUGGCCACCAUUGAAACAUAAUAUUUUUAAAAAUAUAUAUUUACAUAGGUCAGUGCUAUUUUGAGAUGAGAGAAUAAUUGUAGAUAAAAUGCACUAUGCUUACAUUGUAUUUUUUACAGCAGUGUCUAAUAAAAAAAAAUCAUUAUUCUGAAAAGAGUUUGAAGGGAAAAUAAAAAAAAAAAGUAUAGCAUAACUGUUUUUUGUAACCAAAUCCAGGUUUAUAGUAGGCCAACUUCUGGUGCUCCUGCAAAUACUGGAACUAAACUUAGCCCAUGUUAUGUUCAGGAAUGCCAGUAUUACAAGUUGUUCUGGUAUGGAAGUUGGAGAAGAAGCGUUCAUUAUUUAAAUAAGAAUCAUUCAGUAGUUGUCCACAUGAUAACUGAGAGAGGUGAAACACUUCAAAAACAUGAUGCCGGGCAUGGGAUGGGGAGGGAAUGCAAAUAUCUGUAUGAUACCUGUCUAGUGGAUGUCGUCAUACAGUUCUUAAGUCUAACCUCUAAUAUAUGUGAUGCAAAUUGAUCUUAAUGGGUAUUAAGUAUUUUUAAGGUUAUGCUUUCUGAUCUUUAUUCUCAAAAACCCUUGACUUUGUGAGAGAUCUUACAGAGUACAACAGUUCACCUUCUGUAAUCAGUUGGGUAAAGAGAGAGAAUGCUCAAAACGUACUUUGGUUACUCUUGUGUCAGAAAGUAGACAACCAGGCCCCUUGCAAUUCUUGGAAAUGUGAUUGUGUUUGCUCUCAUGAGGUGUCUGAGAGAAGUAUGUCUUCAUUUUAGAUUUAUAUGUUACUGGAUUUGUCUUUCUCAAAAUCCCUGCAGAUGCAGCCUCAAUUCUUGGUUCCCAUUUAGGACAGCAUGCAAGUAAUCUUGCAUACAGAAAUAGAAUAGGAUUGGAACUGGGAGAUAUGGUAGUAAACUUCUGUAAGUUUACAUGUUUUAUUUUGCAGAUUUCGGAUUACCAGGAAUAGAUACUGCUGCAAUACUUAGUAUACAUGUGUUCUUGUCUAUGAAAAUCAGAAUUUACUUGAAAAUGAUCCUUUAAUAUAUUAUCAUACAGUGGUCCUUUUAAAGUGUCAGAUACAUAUAAAUUCCAUGUGGUACAAGUUCAAUAGCUUGUUUUUAAUAUUUUAUACAACAAUCUAUUCUUAUUGAUGCAAAGAGCUGCCCAUAAAAGCUUAAUGUGCCACAUGUACUGUGUAUAUAUUACUAUGUCUAUCAUAACAAAACUGGGCAUUACUAGCACUGUGGUUUUGUAGUCCAUUUUUACGGAAUUGUGUACUCUCUUUAGUAAGGGAAAUGACUUAUUGUCAGUUGUUCCUCAGUGUCUGAGGACUUUGGCCACGUGCACAUGGUAUGAAAAUCUUUAUUUGAAAGGCCUUGUUGGAAAACAAAUGGCUGCAGUGCACUUCUAUCCUUUGUAAUAAGAAACAUUUGUAAAAACGGAAUUUGUAUUCUGAAGGGAAUUUCUAUUGAAGCCUGAAAAACCUUAGAAAUGAACUUUUAGGAUGCAGUAAUUGUGCUAGGAGCUAAAACAGGUUGAUUCAAACAGAUAAAGAACUUUGAUGUGCAAUUCAAAAUGAGCGAGAGAAGAAUUCAUUUCAGAAUUUCUUUCAGAAGCACUUAUGGGAAAUUAAUUCUCUCUGAUUUGCUGUACCCUUGGAAAUGUAUGCUUUGGGUUUCAGCCAAAAGAUGAUUUUUUUUUUAAUGGGUAUUGGAAAAACAUUUUUAAUGUGACUAUGAACUUUUAUUACAAUAUAUACAUUCUACUGUUUAAAGAAAAUGUUUUUUGGUGACUUGAAAAGGGCAUUUUAUAGCAUGGCCUGUGUUUCAAGUGCUUGUUUAAUGUAUCUUAAUUUUUAUUUAACGUUUCAACCAUUGGGAUUGCAUCCCUUUAAUGUCAUGUUACUGCAUGCUGUUGACGCUACCCUGGCUGAAAAGCACUUGCCUCUACUCUGAAGCUCUCCUUGUGAAACAAGACUCCGUUCUGUAAGAGCUUAUUUUGUUGAAAUACAAAUCUUUCAAUUUUUGUAUGCUUUCAAUUGUUUGUGAUACCACUGUGCUGAAAAGUCUCUUACACAAAUUGUUUUUGGAAAUGUAAUGGAUCAUGUUAAAUGCUGAAGAUAAAGGACUGUGCUAAUA